UUUGAUGGGGAUGGUCGAAUCCCCCAUCUUGACCUUGGUAUUGUAUGACCCUGUUGUGGAGGUGUGGAUAGUCAUAAAUUAUGCCUCGACGAGUGUCUUAUUUAAAGCUCUGUUCUCCAACUCACUGCACAGAACUGCAUGCAACGAAGCAAUGGCUCAACAAGAAUACAAACUAUUCGGUGAUACUCUUCUCGAGUACAAAGGGAAUGUUUUUCAUUUGGACAAAAUUCAUUCAAAGGAAUUUAUUGAAGAUUUGCCGCAAUUCGAAGUCAGAGAUGAUGACGUUUACCUUGUGACUUUCCCCAAAUCAGGGACCGUAUGGACCCAGAGAAUCAUCACCCUGAUCUUUGAGGAGGACUUCCCCGAGCUGAAGGACGCCCCCACCUUUAGGUGGAUGCCCUGGUUAGAGUACCAGCCCAAAGGCACGCCCACCUAUGCCAUUCGCCGCUCCCCACGCCUCUUCUGCUCCCACCUGCAGGAGCACCUGGUGCCAAGCGGCCUGCAGAAGAAGAAGGCCAAGGUCAUUUAUGUUUCCAGGAAUCCAAAAGACGCAAUGGUGUCCUACUUUCACUUUACAAAGAUCAUCAAGAAUCUGGAGGACGCAGAACACUUCAACGAGAUGCUCGACAACUUCAUCAGUGGAAGGAUGAUGGGAGGCUGUUGGUUUGACCAUGUUAAAGGAUGGUACGCCAAUCAAGACAAGUACAACAUCCUAUUCCUCCACUAUGAAGACAUGAUCAAGGACCUGAGGUCUGUGGUCGUGCGUCUGUGUGAGUUUGUUGGCAAGAAUCUGCCAGACGCCGCCAUUGAUGCCAUCAUCGAGAAGGUGACCUUCAACAACAUGAAGCAAGAUGACAAAGCCAACUAUGAGUUCUUAACCAAACACAUCAAGGACAGGAACAAGGGCCAGUUCAUGAGGAAAGGGACCAUCGGCGACUGGAAGAACGCCCUGACAGUGGCACAGAGUGAGCGCUUCGACAGAGUCUACAAUGAAAGAAUGAAGGACCUGCAGCUGAACUUCAGCUGGGACAUCCCAGUGGGCCACAAGGGACAGGAAGCAGUGUGCGAAAUACAGGGGGGGUCCGGCGGCCUCGACCCUGUCGAUUUACCCAUGAGACCCACUGAAAGCCUCAAAAAGAAAAUCUGAGGGGGCUCUCAAAUUUUAUCAAAAAAUACAGAAACAAAAAUUGCCCAUGGCCCUGGAAGUGUUGUAUGUGUUGGUUGGUACUUCGGGAGUUGGGUUAGUUUAAUCACGUGGGGUUAAAAAUACAGUGUUUAUUAAUGCUGUGUUUUGUAGUUGGAAUAGUGGCCCCCCACAUAGGUGGGCUUCUGUUUUAAGGGGGGGAUAUGUAACCACCUAGGCGGGUCUCUCGAGGGGAUAUGUAACCACCUAGGCGGGUCUCUCGAGGCUCCGCCCAUUUGUGCUGCUUGCCUGUUCUGUCACCGCUCUUUAUUGUGUGCAGGUCUCAGGUGUGUGCAAUGACCCUGCUGAUGGGUGAGGUAGAAAAGGCCUGCCGUGCCGACACCCAGGGGGCUGCUCUCCUCCGCUGGCGUUAGGCUCUGUUUGGUUGUUCCCAUGACUGAUCUCACACCACACUUUAGGUUACAUCACAUAUCACUGACUUACACCACAUCCCAUUACCUUAGUUUCUGUUAAAUCUCAUGUAAUAAAAAAAUUGU